GUCAUUGACCCGGCAAUCCUGAACGGUCAAGUGCCGUUCGUCCGCCGCGCGGCAAUGACCGGUCAGGCCCCUAACACUGAUCUUCGACCCCUAAAACUGAUCAUCGAUUCCUACUCGUCGUUUCUGCUCGUGCAUAUCCUCCCCUCCCCUUAUGCCUUCCCUCCUAUACCCCCUUCGUCCUCAUCAUGUUGGCGAUGCGAACAACGCGGGGCCCCUGAGAGACGGCGCAUCCAUCAAUUUAUGUUGUCGUCAAGUCCAGGUUCCGACCUGCACAGUCACUCACCAUGUGACUGCCGUAGAUAUCAUCUUCCAGAAGUAGCCAGGCCGUUCUCUGAGAUAUCUCUCGCGCUCUUCGGUCAUUUUCACUUCUUGGAUCUGGCAUACGGAUAAAUGUCAUGGACGGCGCGGACCCUGCCCCCGAUCGAGGACCAACGGUCCUGAGAGUCAUUUGGACUUUGACGCCGCUUGCUCUCGCCACCGCAAUUCUUCGAAUUUUUGCAAGAAUAAGGAACAGAAGGUUCGGAUGGGAUGACAUAUUCAUGAUCAUAGCCAUGGGGUGCUUCCUCGGCUGGAGCAUCACCCUAACACUAUACGCCCAACGUGGAGGACUCAUGCACAUAGAGGAUGUCAAGACGACGGGCCCCGACAAUGUCGCCACAGUCUUGCUCCUCAACUGGCUCAGCCAGCCGUUCGGCAUCGUCGGAGUCGCCGCCGGCAAGAUCUCCGUGGCGGCCCUUCUCUUGGGCAUCAUUCGGCUCAGCGAUCUGCGCUGGCAUCGCCUGUUCCUCUGGACCGUGCCCAUUAUCCUCGCGGCACUCAUUGCCGUCGCCUGUUCAACCUUGACGUUCGCACAAUGCUCGCCUGCCGCGGCGCUCUGGGACAAAAGAGUCGUCGGAAACUGCAUCGACCCCAAGGUCAUGGGAGGCUUCGGAACCUUUACAGGAUCGUUCAACACAUUCGCCGACGCAUCGCUCGCCAUUGUCCCCGCCACCAUAUUCUGGCAACUCAAUAACAGUACUACCGCAAAGGUUCAGCUCACGAUUGUGUUCGGCCUCAACAUCUUGACGUCCAUCUGCUCUGGUAUCAAGACCCAGUAUCUCGUGGAGCUGGCCAACCGCGAAGAUCAGACAUGGGCGACGUAUGACAUCUUCGUUUGGGUCACGGGCGAGCUCUUCCUCAUGAUCGUAUGCGGUUCCAUUCCGACACUGCAUAUCGUCCUUACCUGGCUUCGUUCGGCGGCAGACAGCAUUGAGAGUAAAGUCUCGUCGUAUGCAUCUCGCAAAUCUCCGGGCUCGUCCAAGGCAAAAUCGUCGAAGAACAGAGGGUGUGAGGAGGGUCUCGACGCCAGUGGUGCUCAUGAGAACGAUGCGGAACUAAGCGAUCUGCCGCAAAUGAAGGUCAAGAAAAAGACUGCGGUCGAAAGCACAGCAUACUUGCCGGUCAGCGAAAGCUUGGAUCGACUUGUUGAGGAGAGGAGCAUACCGGACAACAACGUGCGACUGGGCAUUCAAGAUCCUCGGCCAGAUUCGGCCCAUACCUGAUGACUCCGAAUAAAUGAACGUAGGCCUGAUUCCCCGGUCAAAAUCAUGACAAUUUUUCUUGGGCACGAGGCGCCACUAAAUACAAAUAUAUCAAUUAUGGGAGCGCACUGACAGCACUCCAAGGAGCAGAAUCUCCUGCCUUAUGUUACGC